UACACACACUUAAAGGUUCAAUCUUUAAAACAUAAUAAUUCAAAUUUCUACUAAUCUCCACUUUCCUUCUUUAAUUUCUGAGGGAUCAAAUCGUUUGAUUCAAUUAAUUCAGCAUGGGUUCAGAUGGGAACAAGAUGAAGAGCGGCGGCACGGGAUUCCCGCCGCCCCAGACCGCUCUCUGCGCCAACGGCUGCGGCUUCUUCGGCACGGCGGCGACCAUGGGGCUGUGCACCAGGUGCUUCCGGGAACUCCGCAUGAAGGAGCGGCGGCAAGAGGAUCUGGCCAAAGCUGCGGUGGAGCAGCUGGCGCUGUACUCGAGACUUCAACCCGAUUCACCGCCGUCGAGUACGUCUGCAUCGGUUGUCACGGCGGAGCAAAGCGGGAGGCAGGCGGCGCCGCCGAAUAGGUGUGACGCCUGCAAGAAGAAGGUGAGAGUGAUGGGUUUCGAGUGCAGAUGCGGGCGCACAUUUUGUGGGAUCCAUAGGUACCCGGAGAAGCAUGAUUGCACGUUUGACUUCAAAGCCCAAGGAAGAGACGCCAUAGCCAAAGCUAAUCCUAUGGUUAAGGCAGACAAAAUACAAAGGUUCUAAAAUUCCAAUAUCGUAUCAAAAUUCAAUCGACCAUACCAUAUUACCAUUUGCAAGUCGAAUGAUGUUUUCGACUAGUUGCCUAAAGUCCUAAACUAUAGUUUACAUUGAAUUGUCCUA